CCGUCGUCAUGUGGGAGUUUGUGAUCAAGGUUCAUGUGGGUGGUUGGGCUAGCGCAAGAUCCGGAAAUGGUUGCGCUGACUCGUUCUCGAGAUCGUCGUAGCGUGCUGAUAGGUUCAAGGUUCGGCUAUGUGUGACUUCAUGAGUCACCCGAGCUUUAGAGGAACGGCGAGCGUGUUGAUGAAGUAUGGUGCCGUGUGCGAAAUGACUUUGGGUUGAUUACUGGCAGAAUAUGACAAGGACUUGAUUCUGUUCUAAAUUUAUGAGCCGCGUGUGGCUUUGAUGUUGAUUGCGUUUUGAGAUGUUUGCGUGCUGUACUUUUGGCUGUAGAUACGGCGAGGGAUGUGGGUGCAUUACGAUCGCCAUUCCAUACUUUUCGCUCUUCUGUUUAGAUUUAGUGUGAAUUCGUGCGGGCACAUUCAAGUUGCAGAUAUGCUGUUGGUUUAUGGAAACAUGGCCGGGGAUCCUGUCAACGUGAAUGAGUAUCAAGAAUUGGCUCGGCAAGCCCUUCCGAAAAUGUACUAUGAUUUUUUUGCAGGUGGAGCGGAAGACCAGUAUACACUUAAAGAAAAUGUGGAAGCAUUUCGCAGAAUAACGUUUAGGCCGAGAAUCCUCAUUGAUGUGAGCAAAAUUAGUUUGUCGACUACUAUAUUGGGCUAUAACGUUGCUGCACCCAUUAUGAUUGCUCCAACUGCUGUGCAUAAGUUAGCACAUCCUGAAGGAGAGGUUGCUACCGCAAGAGCAGCUGCUGCAUGUAAUGUCAUCAUGAUUCUUUCAUAUAUGUCUAUGUGCACUGUGGAAGAGGUCGCGUCCAGCUGUGAUGCCAUUCGAUUUUUUCAAAUAUAUGUAUACAAGAGACGGGAUAUUACAGCUCAGCUUGUACAAAGAGCUGAAAGAAGUGGAUACAAAGCAAUUGUUCUUACUGUCGAUGUUCCCAGACUUGGCAGAAGGGAGGCAGACAUAAAGAACAAAAUGGUAGCGCCUCAGUUGAAGAAUUUUGAAGGUCUACUCUCAACUCAAGUUGUCUCUGAUGAGGGUUCAAACGUACAAGCUUUUGCUGAUUCAACUCUUGAUGCUUCUUUGACUUGGAAGGACAUUGGAUGGUUGAGAUCAAUUACAAGAUUGCCGAUUCUGAUCAACGGAGUUCUUACACACGAAGAUGCAAUUAAGGCAGUGGAAGCAGGUGCUGCUGGGAUAAUUGUCUCAAAUCAUGGAGCUCGACAGCUAGAUUAUAGUCCAGCCACGAUAUCAGUUCUGGAAGAGGUUGUUCAUGCAGUCAAAGGGAAAGUCCCUGUUUUUGUUGAUGGAGGAGUGCGGCGAGGAACAGAUGUUUUCAAGGCAUUGGCCCUUGGGGCACAAGCAGUACUGAUAGGAAGGCCUGUAGUAUAUGGGUUGGCGGCAAAAGGGGAAAGUGGAGUUAGAAGGGUCACUGAGAUGCUGAAGGAUGAGCUCGAGCUUACGAUGGCACUGUCCGGAUGUCCCACCAUAAAGGAUAUCACCAGGGGCCAUGUCUUAACAGACCGCGAGAGACUUCAUUCCUCUCUCUGAAUUCACGCUGCAGCAUCCAUGAAAAUGAGAUUCGCAUAGUCAAAUGGACGAUACCAUUGUUGUUUUAUCAC